ACGUGCGCGCUUCCGUAAAGCAGUGAUAAAGAUGGCGGCCUCCGCCGCACUAGGCUGUGUAGUUCCACGCAGCUUUCGGCUGCUGGAGGAGCUGGAGGAAGGUCAGAAGGGAGGUGGAGACGGCACAGUGAGCUGGGGCCUCGUGAGUGACGACGACAUGACACUAACUCAGUGGAAUGGCAUGAUCAUCGGCCCUCCCAAGACCGUCUACGAUGGCAGGAUAUACAGUCUGAGAAUAGAAUGUGGAUCCAGGUACCCGGAGCAUCCCCCUCAUGUCCGCUUUGUGAACAAGAUCAACAUGAGCUGCGUACACGGUUCAAACGGUGGGGUGGACAUAAAGGCGCUGUCGGCACUCUGUAGGUGGAGAAACUCCUACAACAUCCGGAUGGUGCUGCAGGAGCUCAGACAGCACAUGAUGCUAAAAGAGAACAGCCGGCUCUCCCAGCCACCCGAAGGCCAGGUGUACAGUAACUGAGGACCUGCUGCUAUCCCUCCCUGUCCCUCUCUCACACACACACACACACACACACACACACACACACACACACACACACACACACACACACACACACACAAAUCUACCACUGUCAAACUACAUCAUGUUAUCCAAGACUCUCCACUCCCACCCACUCCCUCCCCUCAGCAGCCUCCCAUUGGACAGAGAGAGGGAUGUGCAUCCAGACAGCCCCCAACACAAAUACUGUACAUCUCACUCAUGUUAUUUUGUCAUAUCUCGUGUGUGUUCUACAUCCAGAUUGUAAAAUAAUCAAUGACCUGAUUGAGUGUACCAAUAAUGCGAGUGUGUGCUGCGUUCUUCACUUAGUCCCUGUUGGGUAGUGCAGUGAGGGAUUUGAAUCAACUCGGCAAAACAAAUCGACUUGUGUAACCCCCCCCCCCCCCCGACCUAAAUGUUUGCAUCAUUUGCGGGUCCCCUCAUGGAGAUAAAAAUAAAAGUAGCCCACACAGUGCUUCGCGUCAGUCUCAAAUUCCCCAGCUUUCGCAAAAUCCCGACGAUGUGAAAUUCACGGGUUUUCCCUCAAACAACUGCAUGUCCAGGACACAGGAAAUAACUGUUACUAGACAUUCAGCAACGUAUGUAUCAACAGGGCCCUGCUGGCUCAUCACUCAUGUUCUCCGACUAGUCUUAUGUGUGCCAUAUGGUUCAUAGUGCUUUGUGAUGGUGAUUGAUUGUUAGCAGCCAGUGGGAGGGUGUGGGGGGAGGAGAGGAACAUAGUUUAUGUGCUCGGCACCUCAUCACCACUGUACUGUGGCCCGGGUCGAGCUGCAUAUUUGUUUGCUUUUGUUUGUCUGCUGUUUUUGGGUUCUUGUUUGGGUUUCUUCAGUCUCUGGGCCAACCUGUGUCUCCUCUCUCACACAGUGAACGCUCACUCAACGCAAUGUACGGCUUUGGAUGUUUAUUUUUUAUGACGGGUUGAAUCUAAUCAGGGUGAUGGUGACCUUUUGCAUGGUUUUAUUUGAAUUAAACGUUAUUACUUUUGCACA